AUGGGGGAAGCAGUUGUCCGCAGCAUGUUGGGAGAACUCUCCAGUCAGUUGAGUUCCUCUCUCUUUGGAGAGAUAAAACUUGUAUGUGGUGUCAAAGGCGAAUUUCAGAGACUCAAUGAGUUGUUGUCUUCACUCGAAUGCGCUAUCUUAGAUUCAGAAAUGCAACCGAAUAGGAGCAAUCAAGAACGUGACCGGGUAAAAAAGCUUGAAGAUCUUGUUGAAGAUAUCAAAUUAGUAGUUGAUGAUUUCCAGACAGAAGCUAAGAGACAGCGAGUGGAGAAUCGCUUUACAGAUAAGGUAACUCGUAUUUGCUCACGCCCAGCUUUUCUAUAUAAGAUGUCCCACAGGAUGCAAAACAUUAGGAAGAGAUUGAAUGAUAUUGCUUCAAAUUCGGAAGCGUUAAAUUUCAGUGUUCCAGAUCAAAAUACAUCACUUGUACAUACAAAUCUUUCGAGGGAAACCACUUCCUUUUUGGGUGAAUCAGCAGAUGUUUUUGGAAGAGACGAUGAUAAGGAACGAAUAGUGCAUGAACUCAUCGGGAAUUCAAGCACGGAGAGACUCUCGGUGAUCCCGAUCGUGGGAAUGGGGGGUUUGGGUAAAACCACGCUUGCCCAAUUGGUCUAUGACGAUGAAAGAGUUAAACAGGUUUUCGACAUGAGAAAAUGGGUUUACGUUCCAAAACAUUUCGAGUUGCAUGAUAUGAUAAAACGUAUCAUUGGCAGCUUAGAACUAUCAACAGACGCUUCUCUUCAAGAUUUGAAAGAUCUUCUCCAAGAAAAACUGAUGGGGAAGAGAUUAUUUAUCGUGUUAGAUGAUGUAUGGAACAUAGAAUCUUUGGGAUGGGACCAACUGAGAAAUCUUCUCCUGAUUAGAACUUUUAACCGAAAAGGCAACCUGGGAUGUCUUUAA